AAAAGUUUCAAUCCUCCUCUCUUUCCCUUGUUUAGUUGCCCAGGAUACAAAGGAAUAGCUGGACUUGUUUCUGUUUGGUUUGAGUCAUAGCAUUCUGCUAACUCCCAAAACAAAAACAAAAAACACUUGUUUUAAUUUACUUGGCCUAGACACUUUUUUUUUUUUUUUUUUUUUUUGAAAACUGGCCUAGCUAGACAGAGUUAAAGAGAGAUCGAGGCAGUAUGAAGAACCCUCAAUCGCCCCUGCCACCAGGCUUUAGGUUCCACCCAACAGAUGAAGAGCUCAUCCUUCAUUACCUGAUCAAAAAGGUUGCUUCCACACCCUUGCCGGUUUCCAUCAUCGCGGAGGUUGAUAUCUACAAGUCUGACCCAUGGGACUUACCAGCCAAAGCUGCGUUUGGUGAGAAAGAAUGGUAUUUCUUCAGUCCUAGAGAUCGCAAAUACCCAAAUGGUGCCAGGCCAAACAGGGCAGCCGCUUCGGGGUAUUGGAAGGCAACUGGUACAGACAAAACCAUAUUGACAUCAUUAGCAGGAGGAGGAUGCCACAACAUUGGUGUGAAGAAGGCCCUUGUGUUCUACAAGGGAAGACCACCCAAGGGAGUCAAAACUAAUUGGAUCAUGCACGAAUAUCGCCUUGCCGAACCCCUCAACGUCUACAACAACAACAACAAACCCUUGAAGCUCAAAGAUUCGUCCAUGAGGUUAGACGAUUGGGUUCUUUGCCGGAUCUACAAGAAGUCCAUUACUGCUUUACCUCAACCAACAGAUCAAGAUCGACAAGAAAAAGAAGAAGAUGUCAUUUUACCAUGCCUUAAAAGUCCCCUUGGCCACAACACUCUCAUGCCCCAGAAAUCUUCUUCUUUCUCAAACCUACUCGAUGCCAUGGACUACUCCGUGCUAAAUAGCUUACUAUCCGACAAUUAUUGUAACCCAUCUGAACUCGAAUCAACAAUAUUCAAUUGGGGGAGUCUAGACCAGCCUUUACUCAGUAACUCCACAAUCACUAGCACCAGCACCAACAGCUAUCUGUUUCAAAAGCUCCCUCAACUGAACUCUUCAGCUCCAAAGAUGGAAAACCAGCUCAAACGCCAGCAUUCCAACUUGGAAGAGGAUAUGUCAUACCCAGCAAAGAAACGCAUCAAUUCCUGCAGUUUCAGUAGCACCACCAGUCAAUCAGACAUCCCUCAGUACAAUAUAUUAAACCAGCCAUUCUUCAAUCAGCAGUUACUUUUGAGUCCUCAUCUCCAAUUUCAAAAGUAAGAAGAAGAAAAAAACAUAAACAGAUAGGAAGAUGUCAAUUAAGUAUGAAGAGAGAGAGAGAGAGAGAGAGAGAGAGAGAGAGGGAGAGGAGAAGAAGAAGAAGAAGAAGGAUACUGUUUCUAAGUCCAAAGAUUGUGAAGAAAAAAAAAACGUAGUUUUUAUUAAAUCAUACAUGGUUUUUGUGCUGAAGUCUUGGGUUGGUAGACAGAUUCAUACCUGUAUAUACAGAUACUAUUUGGUUUAAUUGCUAUCAUAAUCAUAUGAUCUUCUUUUGUU